UGCAGUAUACCCACUUCCCAUGUUGUCAGCCAUUUAGAUAACAUCAUGCAAGGAAUCAUGAGAUCAUUCACAAUCUGUCAAGCUACAGACAUGGACCGGUUGUUUUGGUUUUCUCUCCUGCUCACCCACCUGCCAGUAACAGACAGCUGCAUAACACAGCCAGAGAAGGAGAUGUGGCGAAAAACAGGGCAAGAUGUUCUUCUGCCUUGUAAUGCCAGCUCAAAAUGCUCAAUCACAGGAUUUCAUUUUGAGUGGUUUGUUUUCAAAGAGACCUCCCAUCAUCAUCUCAACGUGAAUGGGAAUAAGGACAAAUACAGUCUGGAGCAAGGAUCUUUACACAUCAAAUCACUUAAUACUAAUGACAGUGGGGUCUACCACUGUGCUGCGGCAUCGUCUGGAGAAUCAGAAAGCGGGAAACCACAUGUAGGGACAGGGACAAGUCUGACUGUGAGAGGAGCAGUUAAAACGAUGGCAAGGCACAUUCUUCUGUGGUUAUCAUUUGUCCUCUUGGUCAUCUACAGCAUAGCAGUAAUGACACUUAUCAUUUUAAAGAAGUAUGGCUGCAAUACGAGCUUCUGCAGGAGGAUGUGCAAAACUGACAAGAAUUACUCAACUAGAAAAACACAAUUCCGUGAUGUGCUGCAGGAAAUGAACAACAGAAGGAGCUUCAAGAAGAGCAAACAAACAGUGGACAGAGACAAUUCUCGUGUUGAGGCUGCAAAUGAUGAAUUCAACAGCUCAACUGAUGGCAUCUAUCAAAACAUCUAAGUGUCGGUCAAGGACAUUGAACAACAGAGUCAGACCUCCAUUUUCCCAACUGAGAGAAAACUCCAAAGCUGUGAAACACCUGACAGGAGGACACUCAUGCGACUGAGGGAAUGAACAUAUCAGCAGAGGACGCAAGUCAGUUGCGCACUUGUAUUGCUCACCUUUUCUCAUGAAGUAUAGAUAUAAAUAUAUAAAUGCCACAUCAAAGGUGCUGAGUCACUGUUCCUUUACGCCAGUUUUUCAGUUUUCAGCAGUGAUAGACUUACUCUUAUGGCAUGUGUAGUUCUGCCUAUUGAUUGUAAUGAAUACUGGAACAUAUUCAACUAUUGCUUUUUGAAACCAGGUCAGUGUUUACAGAAAAAAAAAAAACAAUUCAAUUCAGAAAUGCAGCUGAGCCACAUGUGAUUUUAAUGCAGAAUGUCUUCCAUACAUUUAGAUUAAUAAGCCCCUUGAUAGAAAAACUGUGUGAAUGGUACAUUCAGGAACAGAGAGUACAAAGUAGCACAUUUUCAGGAUACACAGAGGAGCAAAUGUGCUGGAGUAGAAAUCAUAUCACUUAACACCAAGAUGAUUUAAUAACUAUCUUGAAAAAAUUCACAACACAUAAUGAAAUAGCAAUUUUGCAAACAUGUAAAAAUAUAAUAUCAUAAUUCAGGUUCUAGUUGUGUAGAAAUUUAAGCAAAAGCAAAACAAAAGGUUCAACAUGUAAUUUGACCAUAGAAAGUUCAUGUAAAGACAAAAAGGCACAUUAAAAGGUAGCUGUAUAUUUAAUACAGCUUAUAAGACACCAGGUUAAAUUAGAAAGGAAAAGGUAUAUUUAUUUUUGGUGUUGGAGUGGUUCUUACCUGUCAACUUAUGAGAAAUUCACAGUACGGCAAUAUUUAACAUUCUGAUAUGUUUUUGAGGCAUCAUGCCGACACAUUCUGUUCAGUGACUUUCAUCUUUUGUCGUUCAUUGCAAAUGCCCAAAGAAAGAAUCCAGAUCCAUCCAGUUAACAGAAUUUAGUGGGUUUAUUACUAAAAAGGUCAAGGUGAAUGUUUAUAUGUACAUCCACUUCUUUUUUUGGCCAAAUAAAAAGCUGUGAUAUGAA